GAGAGUUAAGUGACUUGCCCAGAGUCAUACAGUUAGUGUCAAGUGUCUGAGGCUGGAUUUGAACUCAGGUACUCCUGAGUCCAAGGCCAGUGCUUUAUCCACUGUGCCACCUAGCUGCCCCUCCCUCAACUCUUUUUAUGGUUUUAACUUUCCUCUGUUCUGUUUUUUUCUGUUUUUCCAUCUCUCUUUCUCCCCUUGCCCAAGAUAAAUAGACCUUUUGUGUGUGUGCUUUCCCACCCUCUCCUUCAGAUCCCUUGAGCCCUUGGUUGGGCUGGGUGGGGAGCUUGGGGGUGGAAAUAGACCUGAGAAUAGACUUACCAAGCAGGGAACAGAGGUCUAGUAUAGUGUGGGGCUUAAAUGGGAGGUGAUACUUGGGUAGAAAUAGGGAAACCCAUUCCAGAGUUGCCAGGAGUGUCUGAGGGAAGCAUUCACAGGAAAAAUUUGAAAGUGGUAUGGAUGAAAUGGGAUUUCUCUUCUGGAAAAAAAACUAAAAUAGAAGAAUUUGAGUAACCAGUGGGGAAAAAUUGAAAAGGAUGAUAACCAACUUGGAGGGAACAAGGAAAAAGAAUAAAAAUUUGCUCCAAUUUCUUGGGGGCAUUUGGUGCCAAACCAGUGGGGGCAGGGGGGAGCCUAUGCCCUUCCACUGAUACCCCAAAUCUAGACUUCUCAUCCUGUCUCCCCAACUUUUGACCUAGAAUUUGCCUCUGUCCUCAUAGAACUUCACCAUAUCCUCUUCCUGGUCCCCAACCUAAUCCUUUUGAUUCCUCAUUUUCUCUGGACAGUCAUAGACCCAGAUUCUAGGGACCUCGACCCUGAAACCUAGUAGAUAGGCUUCCAGCACUGGGGCACAAGAGAGGGGCUGGUAUGGACCUGGGGUAGCCCAUGAUUCAGCCACAGACUCUACCACCUAGCCCCCAAUUUUCCCCAAGUCUUCCUCUCUCUCUCUCUCUCUCUCUCUCUCUCUCUCUCUCUCUCUCUCUCUCUCUCUCUCUCUCUCUCUCUCCUGCCCCCCUUGCCCACAAACCCCCUACCCUAGCAGCUCUGUACACAUUUUUAAACCUGGCAAAAGAUGAUGAAGAGAAUUAUUGUAAAUAUAAAAGUUUAACUGUUAGUCAUGCCUGCUAUGGGGGAUUGGUGCACAUAUGGGUCUCUGAGGGAGACUGUUUUGGGGAGUGGGACUGAGUUUCCUAUUGAGGGAAAUGCACAGCAGAGGAGGGAAGAAAUACCCUGGUAUUGAAGGAAGUAGGAACCCAAGCUUCACCUCCAUCUAUCUCCAACAAACACACAAAAACAGAAAACCCAGUUUCAUAGAAUUUCAAGUGAGAAGGGAACUUAGAGGCCAUCUAGUCUAACUUCUAUACUAGGGAGAGAAUUCUUUUGAUGAGAUACCUGACAAGGUUAGUUGUCCAGAUUUUUCCUUGAAAGCCUCCAGUGAGAGGUAACUGAACAUUUCUUGUGGCAGCCUAAUCCAUGUCUGAUAACCUCAACCGCUUUCUUCACAAUUGCUAUCUUCAAAAACCUAAAUUUUCCUGCAAUUUCCACUCAUUCAUUCCUAGCUCUCCCCUCUAGAGUCAAGAGAAAUAAAAAUUCCUCACUUAUUUGAAAGACAUGCAGACAGCUAGCAUCUUCCCCCAGUCUUCUCAUCUUUGGGCUAAAUUGCCUCAGUACCUUCCAAUAAUCUUUAUAUAGUCCUUCAACUGUCCUGCCCCAGACCCACUCCAGCUUAUCAUUGUCCUUAGGAAGCAUAGAAUCUCUAAAUUGGAAGGGACUUUAGAGAUCGCUUCUAACCUGUACCUGAGUAAGUAGGAACUAUUUAUACCAUCCCACUAGCCCUCUUGCCAAUCAUAGAAUUUUCUUCUGCCUAGCCUUACAUGGUGGGGGACAGGGGAGCUAGGACAGAUUAGGGUGAUAUCAGUCAAUACAAACUUGAUGCUGUGAAUGGACAGAGUCCUCAUCAAGGAAAGUUAUCCCAUCUAGGGUACAGGAUCCCUCAGGCCAAGGUGAAAGGAGUCAGCUAGGAGCCUUUAGCUAUAUCCAAAUGACUGCAAACCAUUAUGCAGAGGCUAAGAAGGCAAGACAAAAGAGAUUGGAGUUCAGUGAUAUUAUCAAAAGAGUUUCCUGAAAAAGGGGGGAUGUUGAAAGUGUAAGGGGCUUGGUCUAGAAGGUGAAGAUUGACCGACUUGAAGGCUUGAAAGAGGGAAAAGGUAAGGCAAGAAUGGUCCAUGUUUGGGGAGCAUUUAGCCUAGUUAGGGCUACAGCAGAAGCCUAAUGGUGGGGAAGCUAUUAGUACAAUGGUAGCAUGGUUAUUGUGAUGCCUCCAUCCCAUUGUGACUCACCUCUUCCCCAUAACUGCUGACUUCCAGAACAAGUUCAUAGUGGGGUGGGGGCUGGGGGGCCCCAGGUGGCCCUGGGACCCCCCCCAUCAUGGGUGACCCUUUCCAGCAAGGGACCCAUUCCUGUUCAGGUCCUGAGAGCUUCCAGAACCUAGGCGAAUAUAUCUUGGUCUUUUUGGGCCUCAUCAUCUCCAUCAACAUUGGAAUCAAUGUGGUGACUCUGCUCCGGUGCCGCCUUGGGGGCUUUCUGAACCAAAUAUUCCAUAAUUUUUUUCAGGAAGAUAACAUGCUCAGGCUGGCCCCAAUCAUUCCCAAGAAACUGCUCAUCCACAGGCCUCCAGCACUGAAGCAGAAACGGAGAUUUCCUGUCUAUCAGGGCCCUCCUGUCUGUAGAAACCCUCCUACCUGUCAGGAUCCUGCUGUCUCUUGGAAACCUCCUGUCUUUUGGAACCAUCCUGUCUGUAGGAAUCCUGCUGCCCCUCGAAACCCUGCUGUCUGUGACCUCUGCACUAGGCAUGCUGUGACUCUUGACCUGAUGCCCCCAGGCUCCUGCCGGCAACACUCGAUUUUCUCACCAGAACCCAAUCGAUGCCUAGAUGCCAGGUUUCCCAAGGGAGAUGACAAGGUUUUCCAAUACUGGCACCCGGACAAUUGCUCUGGCAUUCGUCAAUAUGACUGGAACUCUGCAAGGCCUCAGGCACACUGGGAAAGGUUAUCAGCUUGUCCCCCGUACCCUGGGGUCCCUUACCAACAAUACCUGGGAAGAUCAGCCAAGAGGGUGGAAGCAAAAUCCAAGAUGGGGCUAGAAGCUUAUAUGGACCCCAUUAAUCCCUCAUCACAUAAUGCUGAGUCCCAGAGUUGCAAAGAGGGUACAGAACCAGGCAUGUAUGGAUAUUCCCCGCAGCUCUUCCGGCGGGUUACAAUCACCCCUCUCAGCUGCAAGCCCAUGCCCUCCACAAGCUAUGUGAUGUACCACAGCUGGGAAAAGAAGAGGCAGGUGUGGGAAGCAAGUAAGGGUCUUGACAGCUUGCCCGAUGCACGGCCCCCAGACUCUCUUGAAAAGCCAAGCCAGGACUGGGUAUACUACUCCCUGGUGGAGUAGUAAUGGAGAAUAAUAAAAUGGAAAAAUAAGGGGUAUAGCUCAUAGUUGGUGUCUGGGAUUCCCCUGAUCCUAGAUACUAAAGGGAGAUUUCCUGGUGAUAGGACCUAAUACCCAUUCAAAGUUAUGUGGUAUUUUAUGGCUUGCAAAGUGCUUUCUUCACACCAAUCCUGUGAGGUAGAGAAAUAGAAGGAUGACUAUCCUUAGGAAACUGAGGCUGAGUGGCUAAAGACAUUGAGUUCAUUUGUCUAAGGUAAUAAAGCUAGUUGGUAGUAGAAUGAGCCUCAAACUUAGAUCUGCUGACCCAAUUGUAUUUCUCUUCCUACUAUACCAUUGCCUCACACCAGAUUAGAAGUAAGGAAUAGAUAUCAAAAGAUUGUCCCUUCCUUCCAUACCGUUCCUACAACAGAGCCAGAAGCCAUAGCCUGCCUUUCUUUUCUGGUUUCUACAGAGUCCAAGAGCUAAGAAGCCAAGUCUUUCUCCCUUCUUUGUUGAAACGUUGCCUAGAGACACAUCCUUUCUCCAACAGAAAUUGAGUUAGGCACCCAUCACAGUUUUUCCCCAUUAGCCUCUCUCUCUUCCUAACUAUAUAACACCACCUUCAAUCCUCCCCCCCAACACCUAUUUUUUUUUUUUUAGUGAGGCAAUUGGGGUUAAGUGACUUGCCCAGGGUCACACAGCUAGUUAAGUGUUAAGUGUCUGAGGCCGGAUUUGAACUCAGGUACUCCUGACUCCAGGGUUGGUGCUCUAUCCACUGCGCCACCUAGCUGCCCCCCCCCCAUCCUAAUAUUGUCUACAUGAGUAGCAGCAAGGUCAGAUCCAGGCAAGUUUCCUUAUCCCAACUCCUAAAAAGAGAGAUAGAUUUGUUUGUCUGUCUGUAUAUGUCCUGACAGUCCCAAUGAAGCCCUAGGCCUUUUUUUUUCCCCAGGGGGUGAUACCUUGUCCCCACCCCUAGCCCAGAAUCUCAGGAUGUUUUCUGAAGACUAUGCUACCCAUAGUCUCUGGGUUGUAGUUCACAGCUUCCCCCUCCUUCCUGUCUAAAAUUCUUAUUUCAAAAUUGAAAACAUAGGAUCCCAUUUCCCUCUAAAAUGUCCCCUUUUCAUGCACACACCACAUCAUGCCACUAUCCUUAACUUCCCCAAGUCUUGCCCUUUCAUCCACCUUUUAGAAAUGGACACACCAUCCCCUACCUUUGCUUUUCACAUAAUAGCUAGAAGGGAGUAGCAGAGAAAAGUAGCUACUAACUAACCAAGGGAAGUUUUCACAAGGAGUCCGUCUCCUUUUUGCUGCUUCCUCCCCCAGGUUACUAUCUUUCUGCAUCUAUGUCCUCAGGGUAUAUCUCCGCUAUCAAUUAAGAUACUUUGUAUCUUACCACUAACUCUAGGAACACUGGAGCCGUUGCCUCUCAGUCUUCCCAAAAAGAGGAAGCUAACCUUUCAGAACUCACUAGGUUUCUGACCGUCUUGGUCAGCCUUGGGAUAUUUGUUUACUUAAGAUCAGGAACAAAUACAAGAGGUAAAGAUAACCAUGUGCUCACAGCCACAUUGAGGAGACAGGGCAGUCAUACCUUCCCUUUCCUGGACUAUUUUGUAAUAGUUCACAGAAAACCAGAGAGAGAGAGAGUUGGUGGGGAGGGGAGGUUUCAGGUUGCUCCUUUUGUAGAUUCACUGAGUUCUGUCUUGGCAGUGAAUUAUGCUUUGUCAUCUCCCAUUUCCCCGAGUCAUCAGUAUUACCAGCCACUUAGGGGAUUCUUCAUUGUUACAUAGGGAAAACCCCUCAGCAAGGAAUCACACAUGGUCAGAAGUAGACCCAACCAGGUUUCUUAUGGUAAAUUGAAGUGGUACCAAGAGGGGGAAUAUCUGUGCUUGCUCCAAGGAAUCAUCCCUAUUGGCCAGUUCACUCACAUUACACAUUAAGUGGAAAUUAACAUAGACAGAAACAUCACUUUAAACCUUUGCUUGCUGCACUCCUAGUAAGUUAUGUAUAGUCUGAAUCCCUGUAUAUAUCAAUCCUAUUUCCCAUGGACUUACAUUAGCUUUGUUCUUUAUUUUGUUUGGUGCAAACUACCUCAGUUUACCCAAAUAACUCAAGGAGACCACCAAGUCAAGCAGAGACAGAUUUAUUACAUUCCUGCAAGAAUGGCCAAACUCAAUAACUGAGUCGCAAUAGCUAAUACAUGCCUUGAGCUUUUAUAGUAAUGUUGGUGGCGAGCUCACAAUCUAACAUCCAAUCCUGUCUCACCCAGGGUGCGUGCUUAGCUCGAGAUCAAUGUAUGGAGACAUGCAUACGAGUUCCAGGAA